AUGUUCAAACGAAUUGUAAGAACCAGCACUCCAUUAUUGGCACUAGCAGUUGGUGUUGCUGCUUUUCCUGUCGGCUGGAGAAAAGGUAAUCUCAGAGACAAGAAGAUUUUACAUAUUAAUGAGGCAGUAGUAGAGCAAAUAGAACAGACAGAAGACUACAAGAAUUUGGUUGCUGAUCCGAAAAACGUCCAGUAUAAUUCAAGUCAUGCUUUUCCCGAUCAACAUCACAAGAAUUACGUAGGGACAGGACUCCUUUUUGGGCCCAACUUGUUCGAGAUCGAUCCGAUUGUGUUCUUAAAUGAGGAAGCAGGCGAAAUCACCAGUUUCUACCAUCUAGGAGAUAAGUUGGUCAGUCAGGACGGACAGAUCCACAAUGGUGUAGUGUCCACUAUUCUUGAUGAAGGACUAUGUUCGGCUGGAUUUCCGUUGUUGCCUUCCAAGAAGGGAGUAACGGCAUCGUUAUCUAUUGAUUUCAAGAACCAGGCUCCUCCAGGCAGCACAGUUGUAUUGCGGGCCAAAGUCGUAGAACACAAACGUAGAAAAGUAGUCAUUGAGGGAAGCUUGGAGACUUUGCCUUUUAAGAAGGGCGAGAAGCCGCUCAAGAUUGCUGAGUCCAGGUGUGUUUUAGUGGAGCCUAAGUGGUUCAAGUAUUUCUCGUGGUUUCAGAUAAUAUAG